UCAGCGACGAAGUAAUUCAAAUUUUUUAACCGUUAGUGAAUAUAGUCAUCAGGGUUUUGCUGGACAAGUGCAAAGAGUUGAUGAAACAGCCUGAUUCAGAAAGCUCAACGAAUCGUGUGUAGCAAGUAAGGUGUCAAAGACAACAAACAAAACGUUUGUCAAACUGCUAUUUUGUUAUUACACUUAUUAGUUAUUCGCAGCUUGCUAAAUGAAAUGUUUCUUCAAUUUUUGGUCACGGAGAGAGAAUCCUUCCCACUAGCCCAAUAGCCACUAGGCACACGUCUCUAAAGACAUUUAAGUCUUUAUUAAUUAUACAUAGAGACAGAUAAACAGGUGGGAAGCGUAUGCACAGAUCUGAGAUCUCAAUGGACUUGAAGUCUUUGUUUAGACAUUGACAUACAACAUAAGGAACAUAGAGAUCUUUGCAUAGAUCUCAUUUCUCAAUGGAGUCAGAAAAAAAAGUUCACGUCGUUUUGUUCCCAUACAUGUCCAAAGGGCACAUGAUACCUAUGCUCCAACUAGCCCGUCUCCUCCUCUCCCACUCUUUCACCAAAGGCAUCUCCGUCACCGUCUUCACCACUCCCUUAAACCGUCCUUUCGUCUCCGACUCACUCUCCGACACCAAAGCCACCAUCAUCACCCUCCCUUUCCCCAAGAACGUCCCGGAGAUCCCACCCGGCGUGGAGUGCACCGACAAACUUCCGUCCAUAUCCUCCCUCUACGUCCCUUUCACGAGAGCCACCAAGUCAAUGCAGCCCGACUUCGAGCGGGAGCUCACGUCACUGCCACGCGUCAGUUUCAUGGUCUCUGACGGUUUCUUGUGGUGGACGCUAGAGUCGGCUUUAAAGCUAGGGUUUCCUCGGCUUGUUUUCUUGGGCAUGAACUGCAUGUCCCCUUCUAUAUUGGACAGUGUUUUUAAAAACAAGCUUUUAUCUAAUGUUAAGUCCGAGACGGAGGCUGUUGCUGUACCGGAGUUUCCGUGGAUUAAGGUUAGAAAAUGUGAUUUUGUUGAAGAUAUGUUUGAUACAAAACCCACCACGGAUCCUGGAUUCGAGCUUAUACUAGAUCAAUGCGCAUCUAUGAGUCAGAGUGAAGGUAUCAUAUUCAACACAUUCGAUGAUCUUGAGCCGGUGUUUAUAGAUUUCUAUAAGCGUACACGCGAGCUCAAGCCAUGGGCACUUGGACCGCUUUGUCUUGGAAAAAACUCCUUGGAGGAUGAGGGAGAAGAGAAGGUCAAAUCUGUUUGGAUGAAAUGGCUUGAUGAAAAGCGAGACAAGGGAUGCUACGUUCUCUACGUGGCUUUUGGGUCACAAUCCGAGAUCUCUAGAGAACAAGUAGAGGAGAUUGCGCUAGGGUUGGAAGAAUCAAAGGUGAACUUUCUUUGGGUGGUGAAAGGAAGUGAAAUAGGGAAAGGGUUUGAAGAGAGAGUGGGAGAGAGAGGAAUGGUGGUGAAAGAUGAAUGGGUUGAUCAAAGGAAGAUACUAGAGCACGAGAGUGUAAGAGGGUUCUUGAGCCACUGUGGGUGGAACUCUCUGAUGGAGAGCAUUUGCGCCGAGGUUCCAAUCUUGGCGUUUCCUGUAGCAGCCGAGCAACCUUUGAAUGCGAUGUUGGUGGUGGAAGAGCUGAGAGUGGCGGAGAGAGUGGUGGCGGCGAGUGAUGGAGUUGCGAGGAGAGGAGAGGUUGCAGAGAAAGUGAAGGAGUUGAUGGAGGGAGAGAAAGGGAAAGAGCUGAGGAGGAAUGUUGAAGUAUAUGGCAAGAAGGCGAAGAAGGCUUUGGAGGAAGAUGUUGGCUCUUCUUGGAAGAAUUUGAAAAACCUAAUCAAUGAGUUUUGUAACAAUAUUGGAACAUGAUUCAUUUUAUAAGAGAUUUUUAACUAAAAUUUUAUAAUAGAAUGGAACCAUUGUCUGAAUCAUGAAUAAGUGGAGCAUGAUCAAUGAUUCAUGAAGUUGUCAACCCUAUUUCAAAUCUUUCCAUUCAAUGUUUAUAGCUAGGAGCUCCUGAAAUAACCUGAAAACAUUAUGAAAUUGUUUUGAGUCUGUAAAAAUAUUCCAUGUAGUUGAAAAAGUAAAAUGUCACAGGUUUUAAGUACAGUUUUACAUGUUAAUGUUGAUUAAGAACUUCUAAAUGUUUUUAGUAACCUUUAAAUGUUUUUAGGAGGUAUACUUGAAUUCAAAUUGGUAUAUUGCGUGUAGCUGAAAAAGGAGAAAUUGUUAGAAAUAUCACAAGUCAAGUACCAUUUUUCAAAAUAUCACCAAUCAAAAAAUAUAAUAACAUUUAGGUUUAGGCUUUAGUGAUUAUUGUUUAAAGUUUAGUGUUAAGGUUUGAGAUUAGUUUAUAAAUGUUUUAUAAAUAUCUAAAAAAAUUAGCUUAGUGUUAUUGUAUCACAAAUUUAGAGUAUUUGUGUAAAAUAAUUAUUCAUUAAUGGUAAAUUUGAAAAAUAGUAUCAAACUUGUGUUAUAAAUGAAAAAUUUCCCGCGAAAAAGUUAGACUUAAUUGUCACACUAAAACAUCAUUAUACAAAAAAAUACAAACAAAAAUUGCAUGUACAAAAUAUAAGCUUUGAAUGGUGACCA